AUGAGACUAUUCUUUUCGAUCACGUACCUCUUAGGUGGGGCUCUUUCCCACAUGCUCCUCGCUUACCCCCCAGCGCUUCGAUAUAAAGGCAAUCCGUAUGCCGGAAAUGAUGUUGAUUAUUCUCUCACGAAUCCUCUAAAGGAUGACGGGUCCGAUUACCCGUGUAAAGGCAGCCUUAAGCUCUUAGGAACCUCCGAGGCGACCCCUGUUGCUAAUUGGACGGCUGGACAAACCUGCAGCUUGACACUUGAGGGCGGAUCCACACACGAUGGAGGCUCCUGUCAGGCCGCCAUAUCGACAGAUGGUGGAGCCACUUUCCAUGUGGUCCAUUCUUGGGAGGGUGGCUGCCCAGUCAGCGGCGCAGCUUCAAGCUCCUUUUCUUUCACGCUCCCCUCUGACACACCCUCCUCCGAGCAGGCUGUCUUUGCCUGGACUUGGUUCAACAAGAUAGGAAAUAGGGAAAUGUACAUGAAUUGUGCUGUUGUUACCAUCUCAAGUGGGCAGCAUAGAACACAAUCGACCUCUUUCCUCGAUAGGCCUGGUCUAUUCGUUGCCAACAUCAACGGCUGCAAGAACACGGAGGGAGUUGAUACCAAAUAUCCUAACCCAGGGCCUGAUGUUUCCAUAAACGACCCUGCUGCCCAGGUGCCAACUGGGCCUGCUUGUGCAAGCCCGAGUGCCUCGGGUGCCCCAGGCAAUCCACCCAACACAUCCACUUCAUCGACCAUGUCCAAUCCUCCGAACACAUCCAUAAGUUAUGGCUUCAAAGGCAAGUCUUCCCGAGCCCCACAGCACUGGAAAAGAUGUACUGACACUUUCAACAGUCCGGUGGGAGACCCAGAUACAGACAAUAGCGACUUCUCAAUACAAUUGUUCAUGGUCAAAUCUCAAUUUCAAUCCAAUGCCCUGCUUACGAUCAUGAUCCGCCUCCAAAUUGGUUCCUUUUAA